AUGUAAUAAGGUAAUUACAUUUCUGAUCCUAUUGAAUACUUGUAAAAAAUGAGAGAACAUAAAAAGAUUUUACUUGUCAAAUAGGAAAUUUUUGGCUUCUAACUUUACGAUAUUUCACUUCACAAGAAGGGUCCAAUUGAGGAUAAACUUUACUUAAAAAAUCCAUUCUUUCUAAUGAAUGUUAGAAGAGGCAAUUCAAUCUUAGUAUAGGAUGAUUAUAUUACUAUCUGUAGAAGAGGAAUGAGAAAGUUCUAUGAUCUUGAAAGAAAAUAUAUUGAUUAUGAAUUGGAAUAACAAAAUAUCAAAUUGUCUAGAUAUCAUGAAAAAGCUUGUAUUAAUAUUUUACAUCCCAUUAAACAAGCUAUUUAAGAAGGAAAAAAGAUUCAUCUAUAUAAAUUAUUUAAAGAAAAUGGUGAACACUGUUAAAUAAGUUUUACUAAUGGAUAUUGGUUAGUAGCAUCUAAAAAUUGUACAAUUCUCUUUCAAUAAGAAGAAGACUUAAAUUUAUAUAAUGAUCUAAGACAUACUUGGGCUAAAUUAAUUGCUAAAUAGUGGCUAGAAAUUAUUAAAGAAUAAAAUUUUGAUAAUUUAAAAUCCUUUCUUAAUCAACAUACUUUAAUUGGAGAAUAUUGUGGAAAUCCUCAUUAUUAACAUAUUACAAAGUAUACUCAUAUUUAAUUAAUAUUCUAUGCCAUUGUUAAUAACAAUUCUCCAGAUAUAUGUUUACCAGUUGAAUAAACUAAGUAAAUUUGUGAAUAAUAUAAAUUGCAAUUUGUUAAAAAUUCUUCAAUUAAAAAUUUUGAUAAUUAUGAAACUGUGUUAAAAUAACUUGCAAUCUGGUCUAAAAUAAUUGGAGAAGGACCUAUGGAAUUAGAAGGAGAAGGAUCAGUAGCAUAUUUAGUAGCAGAAGAUCCUAUUGGAAAUUAAUAAACAAUAAGUCUUUGUAAACUUAAAUCUAUGGAAUAUUUAAUCUAUAGAAAAUUGAGAGAAAUGUUAAAGAUAUUGAUUUAAAAGAUUAAUCUCAAUGAACAUUAUUAAUUAUCUGUUUAAUUAGGAAAAUUUCUUAAUGAAUUGUAAAUAAUAAUCAAACAAUAUUCACCUCCUCAACCUAUUAGAUAUUAUCUUCAUAUUUCUAAAUUGGCUUUUGAGGAGGUUUAUAACAAUAAAAUUCCAUUUGAAAAAAUUAGAUAUAAUUUUGUUGAUUUCUUGGAAGACAUAUAGAAUAUGUAAGAAGACAAAAUGAGUGAAAUAGAUGAGUUAGGAGAAGUGAAAUAGAAGAAUUUUUAAAGACAUGUAAGAGUCAUAUUAUUAACAUUGCCAAUGUUGUUUGAAGAUAAAGUAUUACAGAAUUUGAAGGAUAAAUUAAAUAUCUAAUGUGUUGAAUGUUAAUAUAUGUGUAGAAAUCAAAAAGUAUUUGCUUAAAGAGCAAUAUCAAUAUUACAUAUGAUUCCAAAAUUACCAUACAAUAUUAAUAAUGAAUAAUAAUUGAAUGAUUAUUUAGUAAAUUCAACAUUAUAAAACUAAGAUCCAGCAAAUAUAAUUUUUGUUUUUUUAGGUAUGAAUUAGGAUGGAUUUAAAGUUUCAUUAUAGAACUUAUAAUCUAAGAAUUUUUAAGAUUAGAAUCCAAUUAUAAGUUCUUUUGGUGUUCAAUUUACAACAGCAAAACCCAAAGUAUAAUAAUUGAGUUUAGAGAGAUGGUUAGAAAAAGGUUAAGUAUAUUUGAAAGAAUGUUAAAAGAAUUAUCCAAAUAGAACUUUUGUGUUAGAUGAAUUUGAUCUAUAAAAAUUAGAAUUGAUAAUAAAAUAGUUUGAAUAUGCUGAAUAAUCAUAAAUAGAGGAUUAAAAUGAAAUAGAUUUUGAAGAAUCAGAUGAAGAUGUUUGUGCUUAAAAAAAUAUAGUAAUUAUUUAUCCAUUGAUGAUACCAGGUUCUGGUAAAUCAACAUUGGUUAAAUAUUUAAAAAAUAAUUAUAAAGAUUAUCCUUUUUAUGAUAUAUGUGCAGAUGAAAUUACACUCUAAUUAAUAAAGGAUAAACUAGGACAAAAUACAGAAUCAUUAGCAAUAUAAUUUUAAAAAGUAUUCCUAUAUAUAAAGGAAGCCUUUUAAUAAGAAUUCCAUAAAAAGAUAAAUGAAAUAAUAAAUUCUAAUAAUGAAAAAGCUGUAUUAUUUAUUGAUCGAAAUUGUGUUCCUCAUACUUUAUUAUAUAUGAUUGAUCAUAUAAAAGCAAUUUAAACAGAUAUUGCUCUUAAAAAAGGAGUUUCUAUUAAAAUCUAUAAUGUUGGAUUCACAUUUCCUACUCAAGAGAGUAAUAUAUAAAAUACACCUUUUUGUUUUGAUUAUGCACUUACUAUAUUAAAUCGUUUAUUGGUUAGAAAUGAUCACAUUUUAUUAGGAAAUGAUGUUCUUUAUAAGACUUAAGUUUGUAUGAAAAAUCUGGCACUUUAUACAGGUUUUAAAGCUAAAGAUUCAUAUUUUCAAAAGUUUCAUUUGUAAAAGAUUAUUCCUAUGACUUAUCCUUAAGAUAGAUUUAAUCUUGAUAAGAAUGAUUUAAUUAUUGCAUAAGACCUUAUUGCUAAAGUAUAUAUAUAAAUUAUUUAGUGUGUAUUGGCAUCACAAUAGACUAGAGAUUUAGGUUAAGGAGAAGAAUUUACGAAAUUAAUUGAAUUUAUGUAUAACAUUAAGGAGAAGUAUAAAGUGUUAGAAAUUAAUUUGGAAGAAGAGUGUAAAUAAAAUUGUCAGAGAUUAGCAAUUGCUAUUCAAAAACUCUUGUUGCCAUGA